UCAAGUGUUCUAAAGGUCUUCCAUAUUGAACUGUGUGCUCUGCUGAUGGAUUCAACUUCUCUUACAGUGCCUUUUGUCCAAGAACUUGCAAAGGAGGCGUUGGCGAGUGUUCCAGAGCGUUAUGUUCGUCCAGUUCAUGAACGUCCAACGUUAUCUACCACCACACCUUUACCCGAAGUUCCCGUCAUUGACCUAAGCAAAUUGUUCUCGGAAGAUCUGAAGGAAGCUGAGCUGGAAAACCUGCACUCUGCCGCGAAAGAAUGGGGUUUCUUUCAGUUGAUUAAUCACGGAGUGAGCAGUUGUUUGGUGGAGAAAGUGAAGAGAGGUGCUCUUGAAUUCUUUAAUCUUCCAAUCGAAGAGAAAAAAAUGUUUGCGCAGAGAGAAGGAGAAGGUGUGGAGGGAUAUGGUCAGGCCUUUGUUGUUUCUGAAGAGCAGAAAUUAGAAUGGGCAGAUAUGUUUUUCAUGCUCACCUUGCCACCACAAUUGAGGAAACCCUACUUAUUCCCCAACAUCCCCUUACCAUUCAGAGAUGAUUUAGAGAGGUAUUGUAUCGAGUUGAAGAAGCUUGCGAUAAAGAUCAUUGAGAUUAUGGGAAGUGGUCUGAGUAUGGAGAGAAAGGAAAUAAGAGAGUUGUUUGGUGAAGGGGUUCAAUCAAUGAGGAUGAAUUACUAUCCUCCAUGUCCCCAACCAGAGCUAGUUAUGGGACUGAAUCCCCAUUCUGAUGGUGGAGGCCUCACUAUCCUUCUCCAAGCCAAUGAAAUGGAAGGUCUUCAGAUCAACAAAGAUGGACUGUGGAUUCCUGUAAAACCCCUUCCCAAUUCUUUCAUCAUCAACGUUGGAGACAUGCUUGAGAUAAUGACAAAUGGGAUUUAUCGAAGCGUCGAGCACCGAGCAACAGUGAAUUUAGAGAAGGAAAGACUUUCCAUAGCUGCAUUUUACAACCCCAGCAUGGAAGUAACUAUAGGUCCAGCACCAAGCCUUGUUACUCCAAAAACACCAGCAGUUUUCAGGUCAAUUAAAGUAACCGAAUACUACAGGGGAUACCUCUCCAAAGAACUCAGAGGGAGAUCACACCUUGAUACCAUGAGGGUCCAAAACAACGAUCACACAAACUCUUCAAAAUGAUGUCAUCCAAACAUAUGAAAACUACACAACCUUCUGCUGCAUGGGUAUUUCUUGAUUUUCUGCUUUACAAUACUUUUUCAGUUUCGGGUGUGAAACUUAGACGGAAUGAAUUUGGUGAUUUUUUCUCAAAAAAAUCAUCGCAACUUUAGUUAAGUUUCAUGUGUGUUGAAUAACUAAUAAAAUAGUUGA